GCAGUGUUGCUUGAAGGUUUUCACACUCUGAGGAAAAACUAGAGGAAGAUUUCCACAUAGAGGAACAGAGGCAGCCUAGAUUAACGUAAGUUUGCAUCUUGCAUGUGUGCUGAAGCGUUGAAUGAAGGACAGAAUGCCUCUAUAGGAAGCGGAGGUUUUGUUUUAUUCCAGUCUGGAAAGUUACGUUCACGUAACCUUGCUUUGAGGUGACAGCUGCCAGCAACACAGCAACUGUGAAACCUAAUAUGCUAACGGUUUGCUGCUAAUGAGCGUGGGACAAAAAGGACCAGUCAUGAAACUGGGCCGCUGCUCGAUGGGGAUUGUGUGAGAAAACCGUGUGCCAACUGGUCACUGCUAAGCAUGCUGGGAUAGCAGAACUGGGACCUGCACCACUUGUGACUGGCGACCUCCGAUGGCAGGCGCUCAUCUCUAAGCAUGCUGGGACAUUUGCUUUACUGGAGAUCCUACAGCUAAGGAUGCUGGGACGUUGCAAGCAAUACGGCCGUGUAUCAGAGCAGUGAGGAUGACGAGGUGGGGCCAGAGGUUUGUCAAGGCGGACUACUACGAACUGGACUGGUACUACGAAGAGUGUACUGAUGUGUUGUGUGCUGACAGAGUGGGCCAGAUGACUAAGACCUACAGUGACAUUGACGCCGUCACUCGACUGCUGGAGGAAAAGGAGCGUGACUUGGAGUUAGCAGCUCGCAUCGGACAGUCGCUGCUCAAGAAAAACAAAGCUCUCAGUGAGAGGAACGAGCUGCUGGAGGAGCAAGUAGAACACAUACGAGAGGAGGUGUCUCAGCUGCGUCAUGACCUUUCCAUGAAAGAUGAGCUGUUACAGUUUUAUACCAGCGCUGCUGAGGAAAGCGAGGGGGAGACCACCACCUCCACACCCGUGCGUCCCAGUGACACUGCUGUAUCACCUCCAACCUUUUUCCCCUUGGACUCCUUGCAGAAGAAACUCAAAGAUUUAGAAGAAGAAAACAAAUCACUGCGAUCUGAGGCCAGUCAUUUGGAGACAGAAACGAUCUCCUACGAGGAGAAGGAGCAGCAGCUGGUCAAUGACUGUGUCAAAGAACUGCGGGAUGCUAACCUGCAGAUUUCCUCCCUGGCUGAGGAGCUGUCAAGGAAGACUGAGGAUGCUUCCAAACAGCAGGAGGAGAUCACACACCUCCUUUCACAGAUUGUAGACCUCCAGAAGAAGGCCAAACUGUAUGCAGUUGAGAAUGAGGAGCUGACUCAGCACCUAGGAGCAGCCAAAGAUGCCCAACGGCAACUAACAGCUGAGCUGCAGGAGUUGCAAGACAAGUAUGCAGAGUGCAUGGAAAUGCUUCACGAGGCUCAGGAGGAGCUGAAGAACCUCAGAAAUAAAACUCUGCCGCUCAGCACCUCGAGACGGUUCCACUCUCUGGGCCUGUUCCCCAUGGAUUCUCUUGCAGCAGAAAUAGAGGGCACCAUGAGGAAGGAACUUCAGAUGGAUGAUCCAGACGUAGAAGAACAGAGGCUGCAUCCAAAGCGAGUGUUUCAGACGGUUAAAAACUUAAACCUGAUGCGGCAGCAGCGGUCAUCAUUAGCCCCGUCUCCCCUCAACAUCCCAGGCUCCAAUCAGACAUCGUGCCUCACCUCGGGACGCUCCAGCAGGGUGGGCACACCACGCUCCAACUCCAUAAAUAGCAGUGACACAGGAAGUGGGAUUAUCCUUGACAACAGGACUAGCAAUAUCCUGGAGACUUCAGACAGUGGGUCAGAAGACUCUAACAAACGGCCGCCUGGUACUCCAGGGACCCCAGGUAGCAGGGACCUGGAGGCAGCCCUGCGGCGUCUGUCUCUCCGCCGUGACAACUACCUCUCAGAAAAGCGCUUCUUUGAGGAGGAGCGGGAGAGGAAGCUGGCGUACCUGAACAAAGAGGAUGAAAAAGGAGGCGGGGACAACAGCAAUGGCGGAGGAGGAGAAGGGCCGGGGACACCGACAGAGAGUCUGCUGUCACUGUGCUCACACCCGUCCUUCGGAAGCGUCUGGUCAGGAUACUCAUUCACGGCGAGGUCCUACCUGCCGGAGAAGCUGCAGAUUGUAAAGCCGCUAGAAGGCUCUGCUACCCUUCAUGCAUGGCAGCAGUUGGCACAACCCCAUAUGGGAGCUCUGCUGGAUCACCGGCCUGGGGUGGUAACAAAGGGCUUCCGUACAUUAGCGCAUGACCAGGAACAGGAUGAUAACUGGCACCUGGACCAACCAGAAGAAGAUGAAGUCUCGUGUGACUCCUUACUGGGAUUUUCAGGCGAGAAGUCUUCUACAGUGGAUCUGUCAUGUUCUACCUCUCCUUUUUCUUCUACCUGCGCGUGUUAUAACGACAACAAUGACGGCAGCCAAUCACACGUGAUGCAUGCAGCAAUGCCUGGGGGACCAGAAACAACUCAAGGGAAAGACAAACACCUUGCAAACAUUUGCCUUAGGUCCUCUAGUCCCUCCUCCUUUCCUUCUCCCCUGUGUUCUUUGGAGAUGAACGGACAUGUGGAUCACAAGGAACUUCAGGUGUUACAGUCCGCCCCAGUGGACCACAUGCCUGUUAUUUAUCCAGGAAAGUGUUUGUCUCACACAAGUUCCACGUACACCUUCACGACCUGCAGGAUUCUCCACCCUUCUGAUCAGCUGACCUCUGUGACCCCCAGCCCAGCUGUCUCCUCUUGUCAGAGCAACACUUCCAUCUGCACCUCCACAUACUCCUCCAUAACCUUCUCUAGCCGACCUACGCCUUCAUACACGCCUUGCUGCACCCCACGACGCCUCUCCCUCUCUCUUUCCCGGGCAGAGUCCUCUACCAACAUCAGGGACUCCACUAGGACCACCAGCACCUCCUUAGGCCUGGUGCGCCUCCUGUUGGAGCGCGGUAUCUCUGCAUCAGUGUAUGACCCCUGCAGCUGGGACCGAGGUGUGGACACCAGUGGGUCUUCUACCCCCCCAGAGGGAGUGAGCACUCCAAGAACCACGGUCUGGUCUGAGGACACUGAAGACGAACAGAAAGGGAAACGUCCGAACAGCCUCCCCCUCCUUACCUCUUCACCUCCCAAUUCCUCAUUACCUCACUCCGCCUUCAGUUUAUCUCCCACUCCUCCUGUUUUCCAGUUCAGCCCAUCCAGUGAUGACCUGCCAUAUUAUGACAUCUUCCUUGCCUCUAAGCCGGCACGGAUCAUUCUGAGGGAGGUGCUGGGGGAGGCGGAAAAGGACCGAGGGGCUCAAACAGACGACGACGGCCAGACUGAGAUACCAAAUCUGCGACUUGUAGACAGACUGAAAAGUUUCGGCAUCUGCUUGCCUCUUGCAUCUUCUGUCUCAUCUGGUAGUACUCUCUUGGCACCCUUUGGGUCUCCUGGACUCGGGAACACUGCAUUAACAGGCGGCCUUUCAGUUCUCAACGCAGGCCUGAGGAGAAAUCGAAGCUAUCCCGCUACGGUUGGAGCCAGUAUGGCCAUGAAAGACCCAGGAGGCCCCCCCAGCUCAGAGAUACUCAUAGCACAUACACUGCAAACCCCACAGACGCUACACACACCUGACAUCGUCACACCAAGACAAACGGAACCAAAGGAUGGGCCACAUGACUCUACAAGUGCUCAGUGAUUAUAAAAGUGGGGCAAAUGGGUCACAUUCAGCGUAUUAGCAACUCAAAGCAAACACACACAUUUACAACAACCAACUUAACAGGCAGUCGCUCGACUUCGACCCGCUGCUGUCACCAAGCUGCCGUCCACAAACACAUUCAACAUAAACAGUCAUUUAAUUUUUCAGUCCAAACACUGAUUUCUUUAAAUAACUGUGCGGGCUUAAUUAGCUUAAAGUGAAUGAAAUUGAGAAAAAUCAAACCAGAAGUGUCUGACAUGUUUACACUGUGUUAUAUGCAGUGGUGGGCACAGCUAACCUGAACGUUAGCUUUGGUAACCGCUAACCUUCUAACUGGAAAGUUGACACUAAACUGAUAAACCGCCAAAACAUUUAGCUGGAGCUACUGUGAUCCACAAAGUUUUAUGACAUAAAGUUAGUAUGGGGGGGGGUUUUUUGCCACAAAACCUUGAAAAACAGGCCCAAGGGGCUGAAGUUUUAAUAUGCUAAUGUGCAAAUAUGGAGGUUCCCAAAAAUGCUAAUAAGAUGAUGAUCGAGAUGUACAUAAAUAAAGGAGCUAAUGUUUUUAUUCAACAUGUAGUUUAUUCACCUUACAGAAAGUAUUAAAUGAACAAGAAAUAUUAAGAGAAAUUCACAUUGAAAAUAAUUUUAAUUAUCGAAUUAAUGACUUUGCUGUUGCUUGACCUCCUGCUCCUUUAGGAGGCACUUGUUGCCUACACGCGGCGACAUGUCGAUUUUCCGUAUUAGAUUAGCAUAUUAGCGCCAAAGGGAACAAAUGUAUGAUUUUAAGAUUUGCAAAAAUUUCUGAUUGUUAAACUUUAUUCCGAAAAAUGUUAGCUGACUUAAAGUUAGUAGACAUAAACGUAGUUGAAGCUAAUAGGUUUUCAAAGUUAGCUAGAAAGCUAAUCCAGUAAUGUAAAAGUUAGCUAAUUAGCUUUUAGCUGAUUAGCUGAACUGUGCCCACCACUGAUUAUAUGAAACAUCAUCAGGCCAGUUUAAUAGAGAAUGUUGCCUUCCUCUGUGUCCUUCAGAACUGUGUGUGUUGUACGUAAAUGCACUUUGACGUAUCGUAUGAAGUUAAAGCUCCAAUCCUGCAGGCUGCUUUUCUAAAGACUGAAUGAGGGUGCUCUUGGAGGAGGAAAAAAGGUAGCGUACGAGCUAACUUUAAACUUAAUAAUGGUAAUGCUUUGCUCCAAAUAUAAGACAAUGUUUGUUGUGCAAAUCACAAAUGUACACGUAUGUAAUAUUGCCAAAGAGUGCGUUUCACCUCACAGACUGAUGCUCUGGUGCACAGAUGCUGCCUCUCUGUAAAGCCAACCGUAUACGACCGUUUACUAUUUAAGUGCUGCUUCUGAGCAAAAUGAACCAAUAGUCUCUAAUUAGGAUACAAAAUUAAAGUUUAUUUGGAUAAAAGAGAAUGCUUUACCAAUUUCUCUAGAUGCCAUAGCUGAAAGCUUUCGGCGUGUGUAUCACUGGAGAUGAUAUCAUUGGUAAGAUGGUCAAAUAUUUGAUUAUAUUCAUAUGUUAUAGCCUUUAAUUUAAAGCUACAGUGUGGAGGAUUUUGGGGCGUUUGCAAGCAAUUUUCAAUUUCAAUUCAAUUUCAAUUUACUUUUCUUUAUAUAGCGCCAAAUCACA